UAAAUUCCAGAUAAUGUGUUAGAUUAUUGGUCUACAGGGUACAUCACAUGACCAAUGAGGAUGGAGGAGGACCGGAGUCGCAUGACUGAGAGGAUACUAAACCUCACCCUGGAGAUCAUCUACCUGCUGACCGGAGAGAGAUUUCCUCCUCUGAAGGACGAAGACCAACUAACUUUUACAGUGCCUCCACCUCGAUUCUUGAUGCUUAAGAGAAACAAUGAGAAGAAGAUUCUCAAGGUCAUCAAGAAGAUGAUGGAGCUGCUGACAGGAGAGGUUCCUAUAAGGUGUCAGGAUGUCACUGUCUAUUUCUCCAUGGAGGAGUGGGAGUAUUUAGAAGGACACAAGGAUCUCUACAAGGACGUCAUGAUGGACACACAAGACGAUGACAACAAUGCACACGAUCAGGAUAUCAAAAACCGUAUUCAAGAAAAGUAUGACGAGGAAGAGGAGGAUGGUGUGGUGGAGGGACCUUCAGAUGGACGUGAGGAUAUUAUGGAGCCAUCUUAUAAGAGAAACCCACCAGAGAGAUGUCCCUUUCCAUUGUAUACCUGGGAUUCCACACAGGAAGGUCACAUCAUCCCUCGCCAUCAUCAGAAAAUAAAUAAAUCCUUUUCCUUUAAAGCAUGA